AAUCUUUGGUUUCUCCAGUCCAGGCCUCAGCCUUCCAGCUCUGUGUGUGUGCUGCCUGGCGCUGCAGCCGGGGCCGCCAUGGCGCUGCGUGUGGCCGCGUUCGACCUUGACGGAGUGCUGGCCCUUCCCUCUAUCGCCGGCGCCCUCCGCCGCACCGAGGAGGCCCUGGCGCUGCCCAGAAACUUUCUGACUGAUGCUUUCCAGAAGGAAUGCCCAGAGGGACCCAGUGAGCAACUCAUGAGAGGGAAGAUCACAUUUUCCCAGUGGGCACCGAUCGUGGAUGAAAGCUACAGGAAGCGCUCCGAAGCCUGUGGAGCCAGUCUCCCUGAGAAUUUCUCCAUAAGUCAGAUAUUCAGCCAAGCCAUGGCGAAAAGGAGCAUCAACCGGCCCAUGCUCCAGGCAGCUCUUGCUCUCAAAAAGAAAGGAUUCACGACGUGCAUCGUCACCAACAACUGGCUGGAUGACAGUGACGAGAGGGGCAGCCUGGCCCAGAUGAUGUGUGAGCUGAGCCAACACUUUGACUUCCUGAUAGAGUCCUGUCAGGUCGGCAUGAUCAAGCCUGAGCGACAGAUGUACAAGUUUGUACUGGACACCCUGAAGGCAGAACCCAAUGAGGUGGUUUUCCUGGAUGACUUUGGGAGUAAUCUGAAGCCAGCCCGUGACAUGGGGAUGGUCACCAUUCUGGUCCGCAACACAGACUCGGCUCUGAGAGAACUGGAGAAGGUCACAGGAACACAGUUCCCUGAGGCCCCUCUGCCAAUCCCCUGCAAUCCAAAUGACGUCAGCCAUGGCUAUGUGACAGUGAAGCCGGGGAUCCGCCUGCAUUUUGUGGAGAUGGGCUCUGGCCCUGCCAUAUGCCUCUGCCAUGGGUUUCCUGAGAGCUGGUUUUCUUGGAGGUACCAGAUCCCUGCUCUGGCCCAGGCGGGCUUUCGGGUUAUAGCUUUAGACAUGAAAGGCUAUGGAGAGUCGUCUUCUCCUCCCGAAAUAGAAGAAUAUGCCAUGGAAGUGUUGUGCAAGGAGAUGGUGACAUUCCUGGAUAAGCUGGGAAUCCCUCAAGCAGUGUUCAUUGGCCAUGACUGGGCUGGUGUGCUGGUGUGGAGCAUGGCUUUCUUCCACCCCGAGCGAGUGAGGGCCGUGGCCAGUCUGAACACUCCAUUCUCGCCACCAAAUCCUGAGGUUUCCCCUAUGAAAGCGAUCAAGUCUCUCUCAAUUUUAAAUUAUCAGCUGUACUUUCAAGAACCGGGAGUGGCCGAGGCUGAACUGGAAAAGGACUUGAGUCGGACUUUCAAAAGCUUCUUCCGAGCACAUGAUGAGCGGGGUUUCCUCGCUUUGCAUAAAGCCACUGAAUUGGGAGUCCUUGCUGACACUCCAGAAAAUAUCAGCCCUAGCAGGAUUAUUACUGAGGAGGAAAUCGAGUUUUAUGCACAGCAGUUCAAGAAGACUGGCUUCAGAGGUCCCCUGAACUGGUAUCGGAACGUAGAAAGAAACUGGAAGUGGAACUGUACCGGGUUGGGACGGAAGAUCCUGGUCCCAGCUCUGAUGGUCACAGCUGAGAAGGACGUCGUACUCCGUCCUCAACUGACCAAGAACAUGGAAAAGUGGAUCCCUUACCUGAAAAGGGGACACAUCAAGGACUGUGCUCACUGGACACAGAUAGAGAAACCUGCUGAGGUGAACCAGAUUCUCAUCAAGUGGCUGGAGACAGAAGUCAAGAACCCAUCAUUGACCUCUAAGAUUUAGCCAGAGGCAUGUCCUCUUCUGGGGAUGCAUGUUAGUGGCCUUAUUCAGAACUAGCUGCAUCAUUCUUUGGCCAGCCAGUGAUUAUCUUUAAGUGAAAGUGAUCAGAUGUGAUGUAAUUUUAGGUCUAGGAGAAAGUGUGCGUUUAGUUCUUUGAGGAUGCCCACACCAUCAGAUGAAGGAUCACACCUUGACCGGAAGGAGUAGGACAGCCAAACCCAAAACUGUUCCUUUGCAGCCAAACCCAAAAUUGCUCCUUUCGAAACAGCUGAUCCAAGAUUAGGGACCUUCAUUCAUUAGAGCUGAGACCUUGGUGCUCUUGGGAAGCCAGGCAACUGCUCAGAGUGGGCAUUGCUUUCUGAUGGACAGAAGCCUCACAUGGGCCUCCAUGGUGUUGUGUGUGACCUAGACCAGCCCUGUCCAGGAAGCCUUCCUGAAGGAUGCUGUGGGUGGUCCAUAAUCUGUUUCUAAGCAGUAUGUACUCGGGUAUUGAUCCAGAUAGUAUUUGAAACUUGCUAUAGAGUCAGAGGAAGUAAAUUUCAGCCAUCACUCUGCCAGGCUUGGGCUGACCUAGCUUUGUGCCUCUCCUCCCCACACACCCUCCUCCUUUCCCUUGUCACAUCUAGGGAGACGCCGGUUCUUACUGAUUUGUCUUCUGCACUUGUCUGCCCUCUGUCCUGCUUUGAACAACAGAGUCUUAUAGAGGUAGCCUUCUAGCUGCCAUUGGAUCCUAAAAGCUUUGCCCUGGGUACAGUCCAUGCUCUGAGACCCACCCAGCCCUGCCCCAUCAUCCCAUGAUUUCUAUCAAUAGCUGCUCUCCAGCUUUUCUCUCCUUGAACCUUGCACUCACACCAGCCAAGCUCUCCUGACCUCCACCCAAGCUGUGCACGCUCUGCUAUGGAAUCUUCCAGCUCCCUCCUCCACCAAGCCCCAGUCUGGAUGAUGUACAUAUCCUCUCUCCUUCCUGCCCAAGCUGGGUAUCUUCACAUCCACUCAAAUGCACAUAAACCCUCAUCACAGGUGGAGUCCCUCAUUCUCUCUCUCUCUCUCUCUUUUUUUUUUUUUUUUUUUUUUUGGUUUUCCAAGAGAGGGUUUUUCUGUGUAGCCUUGACUGUCUGGGACUCCCUUUAUAGACCAGGCUGGCCUCAAACUCACAAAGAUGCGCCUGGCUCUGCCUCCUGAGUCCCUCAUUCUUAUAACGAGCCUGUCCAGGGGAACCUGACCGGGUGGGGGCCUUUGUCCCAGUGAUUGAGCUUUUUGUGUUGAGAAUGUGCGUCCUAAGUCUGGAACCAAGCAAGCCAGUAUAGACAGCUGAUCUGCUCCGUCCUUGCUGUGAUCUUGAGAAAGGGUUCCUGUGCCUUAGUUCCCUCAGCUUUAAAGAGAACAUCAAUAGUAACUAACACUCAGGUGGGGGGGUUGUCACUGUGUGAUACAUAUAUAUAUAUAUAUAUGAGGGGCAGCUAUAGACAGCUGGUUCUGAGGACUCUUGUCACAAGACCUCAGAGGGCUUUAGAUCCCAGUGACACCAGGAUCACCAUCACCCUUUUGGACCUUAGAAGUGAAGGGCUUGUUUGCCAGGCAAACAUGUGACCCUGUGGAAUGCCUAUAUGAGCCAGAAAACAUUAUUUUCCUGGCUAGAUGUAUGCAAGCUCAUCUGUAAGGAAGAUUCCUCUGAGAAGGUCCCCCUAAACCAAUGGAACGCCUCACAUAUUCCUGAGCCCAAUGAAUUGGCUCCAAAGCAUUGCAAAAGUAAAACAAACACAACCAGACUUGCAAGGUUGAA